AAAAUUUUUCCAAGUUAUUUUUUUGAAACUUUGUUUUUCGAAUUUCAAAAAAAGCUCGAUUCGGGUUGGAGAGAAAAAAAUUAGGAAACUUUUGGUGAAAGUAGCAUCUCGAUAUCUUUUUCCAUCUUCGAGAAAUCCGUGUCCCCGUUUGCAGUUUUUGCGACUUUCGGCCCCUCCCCCCGGGGAAAGGGGCGGGGUCGAACCAAAUUAUUGGUACCGUUGCACUCACAAAAAUCACCUCUGCAAACGGUGCAAAUCUUAUCAAAAUCAAAUUUUUUUCUGUCUUUCGAAAUUCCGGUUUACAUUAUUGCUACUCUCGAAUAACUCAAAUUAAACAACUUUUGUUGUGAACAGCGGUGGUUCUCAUUCUCAAUAUUUCCCAUUCAGUUUUUGCACUUCAUGCAUAUUCCAAUUUUUGUUUGUACUAGCUGUGUUCUACAUAGCCUCUAAAUUGGAAAAAUACCCGUAAGUAUUUUUAUUAGAAGCAAUGUCGCAUCUUUGUUAUGUAUAGGCAAAUAAAAUCUACAAUAGAAAUGCAUUGAGAAGUUUUAAUGUCGAAUUUCUUGGUGCAAUUUAACAUCAAAAUCAACUGAGAAAAUUUAAGCGGCAUUUAGCCAAUACACAUAUUUUUUGGGCGAAAUAAGUUAUUGGGAAAUUAUAUUUAAUUUAUUUGAUGAGAGUGAAAAAGUAAUUAGUAAUUAAAAUCAGUUACCUUUUUGGUAAGUAAUUGUCAUUGGCAAUUAAAUUCAAUUACUGGACAAAUAAAUAUUUGUGGUUACAGCUUAAUUUCACUUUUCGCGUGGGGAGUAAUUAAGAAUUAAUUACUUUCAUCGGUAAUUAAACAGCCCUGGCUAAGUUUCUGUGGUAGAUAAAUCUCAUAGAAAUUUGAGUAUAUUUAGACUACAUAUGCAUGCGUGGGGGUAAGGUCAAUUAUAGUAAUUUAGAACCGAUUCCGGGGCAAAAUCAAGCCGUUUAGAGGGCUUUUAAUUGGAUGCCGUACAUAUACCCAGAAUAUCGUUAACUUGACAAAGAGUAAAGCUUACGCUGAAUUUAGUUGGUUUAGUUAAUGUACAUAGAAUUCAGAGUGUUUUUACUGCUCAAAGGGUAACAUUACUUUUAAAAUUAUAUAUGUAUGUAUCUACAGCACCAGGGCAUAAGUUUAAACCCGCUCGUAUACUGUGCGCCCCGAUGGCUCAAGCUUAUCAGUAGAUUUUAUUCAGCCAUCGGUUUUAGGUUUAUGUUGUACAGCAUGUAACUGGCUUUCCAACAAUACUACACUCUAAGAAACCUGGUGAUAACACUACCACCACGCGGUGGUCAUAUGUGACUCUUCCGGAAUGGUGACAGCUGCAACCACCGCAAGGUGACAACUGCACCACCGCACGGUGAUUGAUCAUCACUGAGCUGGUGAUGGGCAUCCACCAUCCGGUGGUCUUCUGCCACCUGCCGGUAGAGUCACAUAUGACCACCGCGCUGGUGGUAAAAUUUCUUAGAGUGUACAUUUGGUUAUGAAAAAACCAACGGGAAUGCUUAAUUAAUCAUACCACAAAAAAACACAAAACAAUUAGCUGCAAAAGUUUAUACCCGUUCCAUAUUAAAAAUUACUUCAUAACGAAAGGAUAAUGAGACAAGGGUUUAACAAUAAUUUAUGUACAUUCAUCCUAGUCCCUCUACAUGUAAAAAAAGCUUAAAAAUGGGAAAGAAUCAACAGUUAAACAUUGCGGGAAAAAAUAUUAGCAGAUAAAAAAUAGAGCUAUUACCAAAUUAAAAAAAUUCAAUUAAAACAAUUACUGGAGAAUACACAAAUGUAGGUACUGUACCAAGUAAUACUAAAUCGAGAUGGCCAACAGUCAAAUCUAAGCGAAUUGAGUGAAAUAUUGUUCCAAAGGCAAUCCAAGAUAGUGGGAUGGCACUCCAAAAUUAAACCUCAGACAGCAAGGGGCAUUGUGAGAUCCAAAUUAGCCCUUGAAUUGUGAAGGGGAGACCACAUGAACAAAGUCUCAAGCGACUAUGAGCUCGAAAAAAAUGUGUCUACCUGUGAAAAGCUUAACCCGAAACCUGAACUGGACCAAUAAGUAAACGUAUCGAUUUUGAGAUUAAGGACAUGUACUCGAUGCAGUGCCAAACUAGAUAACCACGUGUGGGAAUAGUUAAUUUCGUUCGUCUUUAGAAAUGCUUUUUGAUGCCGGACUUGAAGUCAUGAUUUGGAACCUGAAACUAUUAGCUGCAUUUGGAUUCAAACCAUUUUUCUACGAUCGAGAAAAAAAUAAAUUCAUACGCCGAGAUCAGGACAACCGGUUAAAAAUUAUUAUUACCUCGGGAACAGUUGCUGCUCUUGUGGUUAACGGGAUUCAUACGAUAACAUUUUCCCAGGGACUUACUUCCACCAAAAAAGCAUUCAUAGGAACCAUUGUGCUAGGUUUUUGGACAGGAUGUACGGUCGCGAUGCCAGUGCUGAGUGGGUGCCAGAGAUAUGUGGACAUGUUGAAUAUGAUGGGAUUCUUUGAGUCGGAAUACUUCAAGCUGCUCGGAUGUACCUCCAACUGCGUCAGGUGGUGGAAAUUUCGGGUGCAGCUGUGCAACUUGGAAGCUACCAUAGUAUCGUUCGUCGUACCUGUGACAGGAUUUGCAAUUUUGGUCUAUGAACCCAAAAUCCCCACCUUUCUUGGAUCAGUCUCUGUAAAUAUGGAAUCAAGUUGUAUACACUUGAUAGUUUUUGCGGUCUCUUUUGUGCUGCAAGGCAACAUCUUUUGCGUCGUACCUGUAUCCUUCUGUAUCAUGGUCGGCUCAAUGUGUUGCGGAACAUCGAUAUGCAUGGCGGGAUAUCUGUCUUGCUUGAAAAAGUCUGCAAAAUGCGCUAACAAUCUGGCCAUGUCAGUGAAUCUUUACAAACAACCGUCCGUUCUGGUUGCCCAGAUGAACCUAUCUUUCCGCCAGAUGGUUCUCCCCACAAUUUUAAUGAACAUAUUGUUUCCCUUGCUCGCGUUGGAGACGUUUCUACUCAUUAUGGGUCUUGGAACAACAGCGGGCCUCACAAACAAGACUUCUAUGCGUAUAGUUCGGAAAAUGAAGGUGGCAUUUUUGAAGGAUAAUAUGGGGAAUACGGGCUACGUUAGGGGGAUGAUUAACUCUUGCAGUCCAAUGAGGAUCCGGUUCGGGAGCAAUUUUAUCGAAAUGUCGACCCCACUUGUGAUAACGUCUUUUUGCGUGAAGUUCUUGGUGCGGUUACUCCUUUUGGUUUGAUUAUUAUUAUUUCAGAUGUUAUUAAAAGAAAAGUUAAGUUUGAAAUGUUGAAAAAUUAUGAUUUAAGUUUCCAUUUUCCUGUAAUUUUUUAAAUGAGAGGAACAUAACAAUUAUUAGUGCAUCUAUUGUUGCGUGGGCAGCAUAACUAAUUUAUUUACAUUCCAAGGGUACCGCCAAUUUUAUUUAGCUGGCGUGGGGGUUGCCAAUACUUUUUCCAUUGACUGUACACGCUCAAUUUUGUACUUAAGUACGCAAUCCUAAAUUCAAAGUAGGAUUAAAGACCGGAAUCACUUCACACCGUUACAAUUUUGCUUUGGAUACUAUUCUCAGCGUUUGUAAAAGCUGAUUUUUCUGAGUCCAACGGUCGAACUCCGGUGUUUCUACUCCGCCCCCUCGGAGUGGCGGGAGCUGGAGGUUGAAAAAUCGCUCCCGUCUGAGAUUUUUAGUGCAAAGGCAGGUCAAUAUUUUUGAAAACGGUUAUCGUAAAUAAUUUUCUAAUUUUAUUCCCUAC